GAAAUCAGAAUCAGGUGCGGGAGAGUGUAGUGAAUGAUACAUGUGCCAUUCUUCGUCUUCUUCUUCUCCUCCUCCUUCAUCUCCUUCCAAUCUCCUCCUCGUCGACGCUUCUUGCUACUGUGCGCCGUCUUGACGUUACGUGCGCCUCUGGCGCACUCUCCAAUCCGACGCUCGCCUCUCGUCGCUCCCACGGAGACACCUGCUUCCGUCGGUAUCGAUCCAGAUCCUCUCGCCGCCGAGAUCUCUGUUUCCGAUCAGACGCGGGCGAUGUCGAAAGCUCGCGUGUACACGGACGUCAACGUGGUACGAAGCAAGGAUUAUUGGGAUUACGAGUCGCUCAAUGUUCAGUGGGGGGAGCAAGAUGAGUAUGAGGUAGUGAGGAAGGUGGGGCGUGGGAAGUACAGUGAAGUGUUCGAGGGGUUUAACGUGAACACCAAGGAGAAGUGCAUCGUUAAGAUCCUCAAACCCGUUAAGAAAAAGAAGAUAAGGAGAGAGAUCAAGAUACUGCAGAACUUGUGUGGUGGGACCAACAUUGUGAAGCUGUUUGAUGUUGUUAGAGAUGAGCAUUCCAAAACUCCGAGCUUGAUAUUCGAGUAUGUCAACAGCACUGACUUUAAACUUCUCUAUCCGACCUUGACUGAUUACGACAUUCGUUACUACAUCUUUGAGCUCUUGAAGGCAUUGGAUUACUGCCAUUCGCAAGGGAUAAUGCACAGAGACGUAAAGCCUCACAAUGUUAUGAUUGACCAUGAGCUGCGUAAGCUUAGGCUGAUAGAUUGGGGUCUCGCUGAGUUUUACCACCCUGGGAAAGAGUAUAAUGUCCGUGUUGCGUCGAGAUACUUUAAGGGACCUGAACUUCUUGUGGACUUGCAAGAUUAUGACUACUCAUUGGAUAUGUGGAGCCUUGGCUGUAUGUUUGCUGGGAUGAUAUUCCGUAAGGAACCUUUUUUCUACGGCCAUGACAAUCAGGAUCAGCUAGUGAAAAUCGCCAAGGUACUUGGGACAGAUGACUUAAACGCUUAUCUAGAUAAGUACCAGUUAGAACUUGAACCACAACUCGAAGCACUCGUUGGACGGCAUAGCAGGAAGCCUUGGUCCAAAUUCAUCAACGCAGACAAUCAGCAUCUAGUCUCACCCGAGGCGAUUGAUUUCCUGGACAAGCUACUCCGGUAUGAUCAUCAAGACAGAUUAACUGCAAAAGAAGCCAUGGCGCAUGCUUACUUCUCGCAAGUCAGGGCAGCAGAAACCAGCAGGAUGAGAAGUCAAUGAAACUCAAGAGAGAGAGAGAGAGAGAGAGAGAGAUCUGAAUGGCGAUGAUGAUGAUGGGUAAGUGUUUGAUCUUUUCUUCAAGUAUCAUAUCUAAACUGUGUGGUGUUUUCUUUUUUGUCCAACGUUUAAAACACUUUGUCGUGAAUUCCGAAUGUAUUAAACGUAUAAAAUUACUAUACAUUAAUGGAUUGGAAGCAUAUUGUUUACA